AUGGAAAAUCACAAUGAGACCUUCACCGACUUCAUCCUCCUGGGCCUGUUCCCCCCAUCCAGCCUGGGCCUUUUCCUCUUCACUCUCACUGUCCCUACCUUCCUGAUGGCCCUGACUGGCAACCUGUCCAUGGUCCUGCUCAUCCUCCUGGACGCCCAGCUCCACACACCCAUGUACUUCCUGCUCAGUCAGCUCUCCCUCAUGGACCUCAUUUACAUCUGCACCACUGUGCCCAAGAUGGCUUCCGGUUUCCUGUUUGGGAACAAGUCCAUCUCCUUCAUUGGGUGUGGGGUUCAGUGCUUCUUCUUUCUGACUUUAGGAGCUUCAGAAGCACUGCUCCUCAUGUCUAUGUCCUAUGACCGUUACGUGGCUAUUUGCUUCCCUCUGCACUACCCCAUCCACAUGAACAGAAGAGUGUGUGUGCUGAAUGCACCACUGCCCAAGAUGGCUUCCGGUUUCCUGUUUGGGAACAAGUCCAUCUCCUUCAUUGGGUGUGGGGUUCAGUGCUUCUUCUUUCUGACUUUAGGAGCUUCAGAAGCACUGCUCCUCAUGUCUAUGUCCUAUGACCCCGUUACCUAUGGGAAGGUUCUCCUGGCUGUCUAUCACAUGCACUCACGGGAAGGCAGGAAGAAGGCCUAUUCCACCUGCAGUGCACACCUCACCGUGGUGACCUUCUACUAUGCACCUUUUGCUUACACUUACCUACGUCCCCAGUCCCUUCAUUCUCCAGUGGAAGACAAGGUUCUGGCCGUCUUCUACACCAUCCUCACCCCAGCACUCAACCCCCUGAUCUACAGCCUGAGGAACAAGGAGGUGCUGGGGGCCCUGCGGAGAGUGACUCAAAGCAUCUGCUCUGUGAAAAUGUAG